AUGAAUAAAAGAGUUAAGGCAGCAUGCGAGUUGUGUUGUGCUGUCAAUAACAAGGGCACAGAUUUCCCCCCGGUCCGGUUACAUAAUGGUGGAGAAUACGGGUAUGUUGGGACCCACACGGUUGUGGAACUCAUAGAGGCUGGGUAUAUUGUGGUUGUCAUGGACAACCUCGCAAAUGCAAGCAUGGACAGCAUGAGGCAAGUUAAUGAAAUCACAGGCAAGCAGAUGCCCACAUUCAGUAUGGACAUGUUGGACAAGGAUGCCCUCAGGGAUCUAUUCAAAAAGCACAAGAUCCUCUGUGUGAUGCACUUUGCUGGCCUGAAGACAUUAGGGGUGUCCUGUAACAAACCUUUUCUCUAUUACAAGACAAAUAUAGGCGGAACAAUCAGUCUUCUUGAGGUGAUGAAGGAGUUUGGUGUGUACAACAUGAUCUUCUCCAGUUCUGCCACUGUGUUCGGCUCACCCAGUUACCUGCCCAUAGAUGAGAAACAGCCUGUAGAGGGCUGCACCAACCACUACGGCAAUAUCAAGUACUUCAUUGAGGAAAUCAUCAAAGAUAUUUGCACUGCAGAAAAGCAAUGGAAUGUUGUGCUGCUGCGCUACUUCAACCCAGUGGGGGCCCAUGUGUCUGGCAAGAUAGGGGAAGACCCUCAAGGAGUCCCAAACAACCUGAUGCCCUACGUAUCCCAGGUUGCCGUAGGAAGGCUUAAGGAGCUCACAGUGUAUGGAGAUGAUUAUGAUACACCAGAUGGAACAGGGGUGCGUGAUUACAUCUAUGUAGUGGACCUGGCUCAGGGACAUGUGGCUGCCUUGAAGUACCUCGAGAAGGGCUGUGACUGCAAGAUGUUUAACUUAGGAACAGGAAAAAGUUAUUGUGUGAUUGAAAUGGCCAAAUCCAUUGAAACUGCUUCCGGAAAACCUGUGCCUUACAAGAUAGCCGGUCGUUGUGCAGAUGAUAUAGUUUCGCGUUACGCUGAUGCCUCUUUGGCUGAGAAGGAACUUGGGUGGAAGGCAAACCUUGAUCUUGCAAAGAUGUGUGAAGACUUAUGGUGCUGGCAGUCCAAUAACCCGACAGGUUUCAGUACAGAGAGCUAGGAUCAGAGACUUAUGGUCUAUCAGAUUAUACCAAUUUUAUUUGUUUAUAGAAAGUCA